AUGCUCAAUGACCUCAAUGGUGUCUCCCAACGGAUAGGUCUUAAGAUGAACAUGGACAAAACAAAGAUCAUGUUCAAUGUCCAUGUCACACCUAUGCCGGUAGUUGAUGAGAGCGCUAUGCUCGAAGUGGUUGACGAGUACGUUUACCUGGGACAAAUAGUCCGAAUAGCCAUCGAUGGCGACGCGGUGAUGACGAUGUGUGUUCGCACUGUGGCGCUGUGGUGCGCCGUGGUUGCGGCAGUGGUGACCACCGUCGCCACUUACACCGUCGACUGCAACCACGAGUACACCGACUGUGACACAGAACUGAGCAAAAUGGGCGGUGAAGAUGAGGAGGCUAUCGCAUCACAACAAUUGUCACACCUCACACUGCCACCGUUUGCUUUCACAUCCGCUACAAUACCCACAAAGGUAUUUCCAGAAACUGAAAAGACUACAACAACAACUACAUCACCCACAAGAUCUACGUCAGCACCAGUCCCAACCACCGAUUCGAAGGGAGAUGUUGAUACAACGACAGCAAUGUCUGAGAUAAAUGAUCCUAUGUUAAAGCCGAAACCAAGAUUACUUGAUUUAAGUGUGGAUGAACUACAAAGUUUUGCAAAUGCACUACAUAAUCAGACUAAUCAAAAUCAUAAAAAAGUUAUUGCAGAUUUAAGUGAGGUAUCUCUUGAUGUAGAUGAAGAUGAUGAACCACCAAGAUUGAUUACAAGUGAACCUAAGAAUAAAGAUAUAUCUGAUAAGUUUUACAGUAACCUUCAAAUUCCAUUUAAUCCCUUGCUUUCCAUUGAUAGAUCGGAUGAAAUGGAAAUGUGCAAAGAAAACGAAAUAAUGUACAAGGUGGGCGAACACAUUGAUCGAGGAUGUGAAGAAACAUGUGAAUGCACUGCUACCGGUGUGUUUGACUGUUCGCCGCGAUGUAAACAUCCAUAUAUACGCCGAGGAAGAAGACUCAACGAUCCGCUUUGUUUUGAGUCGCCUGUUGACGAAUGCUGUUCUAUUAUCGCUUGUGCCUCAGGCACUGGGGAACCCAAGUCAACAACAAUUGAAAUGUGUAGAUAUGGAAACGAGACAUAUCCUGUUGGAGCGAAGUGGCAUAUCGGCUGUGAACAAACCUGUGUUUGUGAAGGCAACUCUAUUGUAACUUGUAAACCUAGGUGUAAUCCACUGCCGCUAUCUGAAAAAUGUAUCAAUGUACAAGAUCCCAACGACGAAUGUUGUGAAGUCCAAGUGUGCGACGUAUCUUCAGAUGUGCACGAAGAACCGGAAAAUAUAACAAUGUCUUCGUCAUCGUCGUCUAGUACAACAACUUCGACAACAUCCAGUAGUACCACGCCAGUAACAUCUUCAACUUACAAAUCUCCAAUCACUUCGUCUACAACUUACAAAUCUCCAAGCACUUCGUCUACAACUUACAAAUCUCCAAGCACUUCAACUACAAACACGGUUUCGUCUUCUGAAAUUACAUCUGAGACGGGAAGAUCGAUAGAUGACAAAUAUGAUUCAUUUAGACCAACAAUAAGAUCAUUCGAUUUGUCUGAACCCAUUGGGUCAGUAAAAGUGUUACAGAACAAUAGUGUACAAGUGAAUUUAAUGCAUAUGAACAAUAGUGAAGAACCGAUUCACUUGUUACUAAGCAGUGAUGGAGGCCGUACGUUCGAAGAUGUAGAACUGAAAUAUACUAAUCUGAUUCUCAAUCUUGAAGGCGGGAAAGAUUACAUAUUGAAAACAAAAGAAACUGGAACGAAAUUCAAUUUUACUAUAACUGCGACAGAUGCUGCAACAAAUGAGGUUCUGUUGGAGGAAGCAGCGAGCCCGAUAAAAAUAGGAUGCCAUCAAGAUGGAAAGUUCUAUGCUGUUGGCGAAGAGUUCCACAUCGGCUGUACAGAGCUAUGUGAAUGUACGGGUCAAGAAACUCGGGAGUGCGCUGCAUUGGUGUGCCCUUCUCACGUGGGAUUGGAACUGGUGUCAAAGGGGUGUGUCCGGUGGGCCACUAGUCCUCCGGCCCAGCCACCUAACUGCUGCCCAAGAAGUGCGAGGUGCUUAAGUGACGGGACUUGUCAUUACAAGGGCCUUGCAGUACCGAAUUGGAGUGAAGUACCGAUUGAGCUCACUGGUUGUGAACAACGCUGCUUCUGCGAAAAUGGUGAACUGGAUUGUCAAGACGUCUGCUCACCAUUACCGGCGUUGCCUCCACAGUCACUCCGGUGUCCUCCAAAUCAUCGGCCAGCUGCUGUCAACAUAUCGGAUGAGGAUUGCUGCAAGCAAUGGGGUUGUUUGCCCAAUGGUCCAUUAGGCCAACCAGGUUUCCCAUCUAAAUUACCUCGUCCUCAAGAGCCUUUCUUGCCAACUGCUAUUCCAGACACCCAUUAUCCUCAAGAAGAUAUUCAAGACUACGAUCAAAAUAAUAUUCAUCCACCUUUGAAUUUAAAUCCUACCUAUACUGGAUUACCACCUGGUUUACCGUUGCAGCCUGCUUAUGGUGAUGACAAUAAGAAACUAACGGUUAUAUUAUUGCAAGCCGAUUCCCCAACAAGUAUUAAAAUGAUCUUUAGUUUACCGCCAGUGUUGGUUGGAUUGCGGGGAAGUGUCGAUCUACGAUACACGGAUACAGCGGAUGAAGAUAUCUCACAUUGGUACUCUCAAAUUUUCGCUCCAGCUGAUGAGAUCCUCGGCACUCAGAGGUUGGACUUCCGGCUAACAGGCUUGAAACCUUCAACUACGUACAAAAUACGUGGAAAAUUGUACUUACACAAUUUACCAGUGGAGCCAGAAAGCGACGUGUUUACUGUUCGCACUCUAGAUUUACCAACAGUACCACCAGUAGAAGAGAAGCGGCGCGAAAUCGAUAGCAGAUUGGCAGUUGUGGAUGUAAACGACACCACAGCUCACAUCAGUUGGAGGCACUUUAACGAAGACGAACUACAGUUUAUUGAUGGCAUUCAAGUGCGGUAUCGACCUGUGGGCACACCUAUUUAUAGUAUGACGGAGCUACUUCAUCACAGUCGCUCUUUGGCUGAACUUAUAGAGUUGCGCCCCGGAGUACAGUAUGAAGCAUCAUUGGUGUUGAUUCCUCCACCACGGGCUGUGACAGAACUAUUCGAUCCUUCAAAUGUUGUGUUUACCACUUCUCCAUAUGUUGACCCGUACAACUGGUCGGUGACGGUGGAGGUGCACGCGGUGGGCUCGGAGGCGGCGGAGCUGACGUGGCACGGCGUGCCGGUGCCGGCGGAGCGGUGGGUGCGCGUGUACCGCGCGGCGCACGCGUGCGGCGCCUCCCGGAGGGAGCACGAUGCGUUCCGCCUGGCCGCGCGCGACCUGCCGCCCACUGUCACGCUUACCGGCCUCCAGCCCAACUCCAAGUGCCGAGUGUGGCUUGAGCUCUUCCUAACAAACGGAAAAGUUAAAACAAGUAAUGUUGUGGAAAUUCAUACCAAACCGGAAGAUUCGCAUGAGCCCAUAGACAAUGUGAUAGAAGCGUCUUCGGUAACGGGCGGGCGUGGAACUCCACGAGGCGACUACUACGGCGCACUGGUGGUGGUCGGCGUUAUAGCGGCCCUCGGCGCUCUCACCUCACUGCUGCUUCUGUUAGUCGUAGUACGGCGGCAUCGACCACGCUCCGUGCCUAUAACACCUGUGCCAUCAGCUCCUCGGGAGUCAUCACUGCCUCCAUAUGACAACCCGGCGUACAAACUUGAGUUACAACAAGAAACAAUGGAUCUCUGA